GUAAGUCCUUAACAGACCAUAAGCAGCAACAACAGCUAUGGUUAUACGUAAAUCUCUCUCGCUUGCUUUUCUACUCAUUUUGCCGGCUUUUCUUUCUUCCCAUGCAACAGCAGCAGCAUCGACGCUCAGAGAAGCCAAGGCUCUCAUGAAAUGGAAAGCCAGUCUCUUGCCAGCACCAGCUCUCCAUUCAUGGUCCCUUCCUGCUACUAAUGCCAGCACCAACACAAUCUCUCCAUGCAAAUGGAUUGGGAUCUCAUGCAAUGGCCUUAGAACCGUAACAAAGAUAAGUUUACCUAAUGCAGGCUUGCAAGGUAAGCUCCAUACCUUAAGCUUCCCAUCAUUUCCAAACCUAGUUCAUCUCAAUCUCAGUGGCAAUACCCUCACUGGAACCAUCCCAGCCCAUAUUGGCACUCUUCAAAAACUCAACUCCCUCGAUCUGUCAGCAAAUGAAAUAACUGGAUCAAUACCUCUUGAAAUGGGGAAUCUUGUGAAUUUGAAUAAGCUAGUCUUAUCCAUUAAUCAAAUCUCUGGCUCUAUUCCUCCACAGAUCAGAAAUCUGCAAGAUCUUGUUCAGUUGAAGUUGAACCAAAACAAUCUGACUGGUACAAUCCCUCCUGCUCUAAGUAAUUUAAGUAGCCUUACAAUUUUGUAUUUGUUUGACAAUCAGAUUCAUGGGUCAAUUCCACUAGAAAUAGGGAAUUUAAUGAAUCUCAAUGAACUAGCAUUGUACCAAAACAAUCUGACUGGUCGAAUUCCUCCUCUUUUGGGUAAUUUGAGAAACCUUGAAUUUUUGUAUGUCUACGACAAUCAAUUUUCUGGUUCAAUUCCGCCUGAAAUAGGGAAUUUGAUUAAUCUCAAGGGGCUUGAUUUGUAUAGUAACUUUCUAACAGGUUCGAUACCCUCCGCUUUUGGGAACUUGACAAAGCUGACUAUCCUCCACCUCCCUGACAAUCAAAUUUCUGGCUCUAUUCCUCAAGAAUUAGGGAAUCUGGUUAAUCUCAAGAGUCUUAUUCUGUCGCGUAACCUUCUAACAGGUUCUAUCCCUUUCACAUUAGGGAAAUUGACCAUGCUCCAAAUUUUGUAUAUAGUACAAAAUCAGAUUUCAGGCACAAUUCCAUCAGAAUUAGGGAAUUUCAAGAAUUUGGUUGAGAUAUCUUUUUCCCAAAACAAUCUAACUGGUCUGAUCCCUCCUUCUUUAGGUGAUUUGAGCAACCUUUCAAUUUUGUAUUUAUACGAAAACCAGGUUUCUGGUUCAAUUCCACCAGAAAUAGGGAAACUGAUUAAUCUAAAAGAAGUUGACUUGUCCAGUAACAUUCUAACAGGUUCUAUCCCUUCCAGUUUAGGGAAUUUGACAAAUCUGACAAUCCUUCAGCUCUUUGAGAAUGAAAUCUCUGGCUCAAUUCCUCCACAGAUUGGGAAUCUACAGGAUCUGGUUCAGUUGACGUUGUUCCAAAACAAUCUGACUGGUCCAAUCCCUCCUGCUUUAGGUAGUUUGAGGAACCUUACAGUUUUGAAUUUACAUGACAACCAAGUUUCUGGUUCAAUUCCACCAGAAAUAGGGAAUUUGGUUAAUCUGGAGGAGCUUUCCAUGUCCAGUAACCUUCUAACAGGUUCUAUCCCUUCCACUUUAGGGAACUUGUCCAUGCUCACUGUUUUUCACCUGUUCGGAAAUCAAUUAUCUAAUUCAAUACCUCCAGAAAUAGGGAAUCUAAAGAAUCUGGUUGAGCUAGAAUUGUAUGAAAACAAUCUGACUGGUCCAAUCCCCCCUGUUUUCGGUAAUUUGAGCAGCCUUGCACUUUUGUAUCUCCGUGACAACCAAAUUUCUGGUUCAAUUCCCCUAGAAAUAGGGAAUUUGGUUAAUCUAGAGGAGCUUUCCAUGUCCAGUAAUCUUCUAACAGGUUCUAUCCCUUCCACGUUUGGGAACUUGUCCAUGCUCACAAAAUUGUAUUUAUACGAAAAUCAGAUAUCAGGCACAAUUCCUGCAGAGUUAGGGAAUCUUGAGAAUUUGGAGGAGAUAUCGUUGUACAGUAACCUUCUAACAGGUUCUAUCCCUUCUAGUUUAGGAAACUUGACCAAGCUUACUUUUUUGGCCCUUUUUGAUUGUCAAUUAUCUGGUUCCUUGCCUCAAGAAAUGGCAAACAUGACAAAUCUUUCCAGACUCUAUUUGGAUGGCAACAACAUCUUUGGCAAUUUACCUCAGUUAUGCCAUGGUGGAUCUCUUGAAGUAUUCUCUGCACCAAGCAACCAUUUCACUGGCGUGAUUCCGACAAGCUUCAGAAACUGCACUAGCUUAACAAAAGUGCGACUCAAUGGGAACCGACUCACGGCGAAUGUAUCAGAAGCCUUUGGUGUAUACCCGCAUCUCACGUUCAUGGAUAUCAGUGACAACUUGUUGUUUGGUGAACUCUCACCGAACUGGGGAGAAUGCCAAAACUUAACAAAGCUACAAUUCUCCGGGAACAUGAUCACCGGUAGAAUUCCUCACGAGAUUGGGCAGCUGGUGCAGCUAGGAGUGCUUGGUCUUUCUUCGAACCAUCUAGUAGGAGAGAUUCCAAAGGAAUUUGGGAGGCUGACUUCUUUGUUCCAAUUGACUUUAAAUGAUAACCAGCUCUCUGGUCAGGUACCACAUGAGAUUGGAAACCUAUCCAAUUUGGAGGUUCUUGACUUGUCAAUGAAUCAUUUAAGUGGGCCAAUACCACCUCAAUUAGGGGAUUGCUCCAAACUCCAGGCUUUGAAUUUGAGCAAAAAUGUUUUCAAUGGAAGCAUUCCUUUUCAGAUCGGCAAUCUAGUAUACCUACAGGUCUUACUAGAUCUAAGUCAUAACUCCCUGAAUGGAGAGAUAUCCCCACAACUUGGGAAGUUGAUUCGGCUCGAAAAGUUAAACCUCUCCCACAACAUGCUGUCAGGUUCCAUUCCACCUUCUUUUGAAGAGAUGUUGAGCUUGCAAUCCAUUGAUUUUUCAUACAAUGCUUUGGAAGGUCGUCUUCCCAACAACAAAGCCUUUCAGAAAGCUCCAGAAGAGGCAUUUAUAAAAAAUAAAGGCUUAUGUGGCGAAGUGAAAGGUUUGCGGCCUUGUAAUGCCUCUUUAACAAGUGAUGGCGAUGCAAAGAAAGGUCACAGAGUCGUGAUCAUCAUUAUUCUUCCUGUCCUGGGGGCUUUGCUUCUUUCAUCUUUAAUCGCUGGCAUUUCUUUCAUUUAUUAUCAAAAAAGAAGAAAUAUAAAGAAAGAGGUUCUCGAAAGGAGCAGCAAAAAUCCAUUUUCAAUAUGGAAUUAUGAUGGAAUUGCUGUGUUUGAAGACAUUAUAGAAGUGACAGAGGGUUUUGAUGAUAAAUAUUGCAUUGGAAUUGGAGGGUAUGGAAAAGUUUACAAGGCAAAUCUACCAAUGGGUCACGUUGUGGCUGUGAAGAAACUUCACCCACUUGAAGGCGGGGAUCCAUCUGAUCAAAGAAGUUUUAGAAAUGAGAUACAAGCAUUAACAGAAAUCCGCCAUCGUAAUAUUGUGAAGCUUUUUGGCUUCUGUUCCCAUGCUCGAUGCUCAUUUCUAGUCUACGAGUAUAUGGAAAGGGGAAGCUUGGCCAGCAUCCUAAGCAAUGAUGAAAGAGCUGCAGAGUUGGACUGGACUCUAAGAGUGAAGGUUAUUAAAGGUGUGGCUCAUGCUUUAUCUUAUAUGCAUCAUGAUUGUACCUUGCCGAUUGUCCACCGAGACCUAUCAAGCAACAACGUUCUGUUGAAUUUAGAGCUUGAGGCUAGUGUCUCUGACUUUGGCACUGCACGAUUGCUGAUACCCGAUUCAUCUAAUUGGACCAUGCUCGCAGGCACUUGUGGUUACAUCGCUCCCGGAAAUGUGGUGUUAUGCAAUGCUCUGCCAAGAUUCAACAGGAUAGUUGGAUUUUCUCCAUUGUACAAGGUUCCACACCUCUGUGAUCCAAACCAUCGAUUUGAUGUCCGACACAAGCUUGCAUAUACAAUGAGGGUGACUGAAAAAUGCGAUGUAUAUAGCUUUGGUGUUGUGGCACUUGAAGUGAUGAUGGGAAGGCAUCCUGGGGAGCUCAUCUCCUCUUUGUCAUCAUCAACUAGACAAGAUACACCACUAAAGGAUAUGUUGGACCAACGUCUCUCAGUUCCGAUGUCUGAUGUUGCACAGGAAGUUGUAUUUGUGGUGUCCAUGGCACUAUCUUGCAUUCAUCCGGAUCCAGACUCUCGGCCGACUAUGCACCACGUGGCUCAGGAGCUAACUGUUGGUAGGCCAUCUAUCUCUCUAGAGCCAUUCAAUGUACUUACAUUACGUCAACUGAUGGAUCUUAAGCUAUAAUUGGGGUGGAUGAAAAUCACCCAGGUUUUGGGCGUGUAGUGGAAAGAACAUUAUUAUUGUGUGUUUAUUGUAUGAAAAUCAUUGAGUAUAGAGAAUGUGUUUUUCUUGUUAAGAUAUGUACAUCGUUCAGCGAGUGGAAUUGAUGUUUAUCUAAAAUGUAGUCUUCUAGUUUUGGUGAUCAAAAUCCAUAUGUAAUAAAAGUAGGUUGAAAGAAUAAAGAUGUUUUCUUGUGUGA